AUGGACGAGAUGAGCAAUGAAGCCAAGACAACGACAGAGACUUCAGGCUCAAGUGAUUCUGUCUUGCCGCUCUUGAAACGCAUGAAACCAACUUUGGUUGUUGCAGCGACCACGAAUCCUCCUGCCUUGUCUAACACGGCGACGACAACGAAAUACAAAGGUGUGGUUCAGCAGCAGAACGGUCAUUGGGGUGCUCAGAUUUACGCUGACCAUCGAAGGAUUUGGCUUGGAACUUUCAAAUCCGCUGCUGAAGCCGCCGCUGCUUACGAUAGCGCAUCCAUCAAGCUUCGAAGCUUUGAUGCUAACUCGCACCGGAACUUCCCUUGGUCUGAUUUCACGGUCCACGAACCGGACUUUCAAGAAUGCUACACAACAGAAGCUGUGUUGAACAUGAUCAGAGACGGUUCUUAUCAGCACAAGUUCAGAGAUUUUCUCAGAAUCAGGUCUCAGAUUGUCGCUAGCAUCAACAUCGUGGGAUCAAAACAAGUUCAAGGUGGAGGGGAUCAAGAAUCGAACAAGUGUUUCUCAUGCACGCAGCUUUUUCAGAAGGAACUGACACCGAGCGAUGUAGGGAAACUGAAUAGGCUUGUGAUACCUAAGAAGUAUGCAGUGAAGUAUAUGCCUUUCAUAAGCAAUGAUCAUAACGAGAAAGAGAUGGGCGAAGGUGUGGAAGACGUGGAGGUUGUGUUCUAUGACAGAGCAAUGAGACAAUGGAAGUUUAGGUAUUGUUACUGGAGAAGUAGCCAGAGCUUUGUCUUCACCAGAGGUUGGAAUGGAUUCGUCAAGGAGAAGAAUCUCAAGGAGAAAGAUAUUAUCGUCUUUUACACCUGUGAUGUCCCGAGCAAUGCCAAGACAUUAGAAGGCCAAAGCAAGAACUUCCUGAUGAUUGAUGUUCAUUACUUUUCAGGCAACGGUUUCAUGGUUCCUGAGGAAGUCAAUAAGACAGCUCGUGAGAGUUCUGACGAAGAAAUGAAGUUAAAAAAUGAAGAACCCAAAUCAGAGGAGAAAAAGGGAGGGUUCAUGCUGUUUGGUGUUAGGAUCCAAUAG